AUUCAAAAUCUAAAAACACACUUUGACUGUGUGUAGUACUUUUUAACCCCAAAACUGUCCACUUCACAGACACACUCAACACAAUUCUUUUCUUGAAAAACUGCUCCACUUUCCCCUUCAACAUCCAUUUCCCUAAAUUUUCAGGAAAUUGGAGAUUGUGCAUGGAUCUAAGUGUUAAUUGAGAGAAGUGUUGAGGUUUGGAUUUGGGUUAUUCAUGUGAGUGAAAGUGGUGGUCUUCUUGUUGUUGUGGUUAUUGGUUUCUAGAUUGAAAUGGAGCAAGGAGGCUUUGGUUCUGACUCUGGUACACCACCAGGGCCUAUUGAUAAGUCUAAGGUUUUGGAUGUGAAGCCUUUGAGAUGUCUUGUCCCUGUAUUCCCAACCCCGAAUGGAAUGACAUCUACAAAUCCCCAACCAUCACCUUUUGUGUGUGUUCCGCCAAGUGGUCCUUUCCCGCCUGGGGUUUCUCCGUUUUAUCCGUUUUUGUCUCCGAAUGACUCUGGAAGAUCAGCUGAAAAUCAGGAGGGUUUUGGUUUUGGAACGCCUAUAUCUCCUGUUCCUUUGAAUUCCUUCAGAACUCCGACUGCGAAUGGAGAUGCUGGGCCAAGAAGGCCUGGUAGACCUCGUUCUGCUGCGAAUGGCUUAGCUACAGAUGAUGAUGAUUUACAGCACAACGACCAAUAACUGAUAAUGUGAGUUUACUAAUAACUGAUAUAACCGAUAACAUGAGUUACUGUAUCUGACAGUCCUGAAUUUGAUGAAACUAGCUGAGUUUCGUACUGUA